AUGCUGUGGCUGCUGGCCCUGCUGUGGGCAGGGUCCCUGGCUCAGUAUGGAAGCUACUACCAACUGACAGUGCAGACGCCCGUGACGGUGCAGGAGGGCCUGUGCGUGUUUGUGCCCUGCACCUUCACCCACCCGGGGAACUUCCAGGAUGAUCCUCCCCCUGCAUAUGGCUACUGGUUCCCAGAAGGAGCUGAUGAACUCCAGGAUGCUGCUGUGGCCACAAACAACCCAUUUCGUAAAGUGCAGGAGGAGACCCAGGGCCGAUUCCACCUCCUCAGGGAUCCCAGGACCUACAACUGCUCCCUGGACAUCAGAGGCGCCCGGAGGACAGAUGAGGGAUCAUAUUUUUUUCGGGUGGAGAGGGAAAAUUACCGAAUGGGUAAAUAUUCUUACAAAAUGAACAUGCUCUCCGUGCAUGUGACAGCCCUCAACCACACACCUGACAUCCACAUCCCGGGGACCCUGGAGUGUGGCCGCCCCGGGAACCUGACCUGCUCUGUGCCCUGGGCCUGUGAGCGGGGCACGCCCCCCACCUUCUCCUGGACCUCAGCUGCCCACAGCUCCCUGGGCCCCAGGACCCGCCUCUCCUCCGUGCUCACCCUUACCCCACGGCCCCAGGACCACGGCACCAACCUCACCUGUCAGGUGCACUUUCCUGCUGUUGGUGUGACCGUGGAGAGAACCAUCCAGCUCAAUGUCACUGGUGCUUCGCAGAAUCCAACAGCAGGUGGUUGCCUGGAAGAUGGUGCAGGGGAACUGAGGACGAAGGCAGACGUGGUUCGGGCGGCCGUCACGGGAGCCGGUGUCACUGCACUGCUGGCUGGCUGCCUCUGCCUCAUCUAUUUUGUAGUGAAGACUCGCAGGAAGAAAGCCAGGGCAGCGAUGGGCAUGGACAACAUCCACCCUGCCACGGGGCCAGCUUCGCUGGGUCAGCAAAAGACACCCGAGUCAGACAGCCAAGCUGACUCCACCAGCCCUGCAGGGGCCACUCCGGCCUUGAGGGUGGAGCCAGAGGUGUAUUAUGCCUCCAUCCGCUUUAAGGAGAAGAAACCUCCUCAGAUGAGCCCCGAAUCGGAAUACGCAAAUGUCAGGACCCAUUGA